AUGAAAGGAAUGGGAAACCAAGUCAAGUGGCCUGAAAAUAUUAAAAAAUCAGCGGCAAUGCGCGACAUGACAAAGAGGUGUGAAUUUCAUAAUGACCACGGACAUACCACUCCAGAAUGCAUAACAUUAAGGUAUGAAGUGGCUGGACUCUUGCGCAAAGGUCAAUUGCAAGAUUUUUUAUCAAACAAGGGAAAGAUGACCGUGACGGAAGCAGACAAGAGGCCAACAACACCCCCAGAACCACCUCAGCGCACCCGAACAUGUAAUGUCAUCUCUGGAGGGUCAGAGGUCAGCGGCGUAACAUACUCAGCCGCUAAGAGGCAUGCACGUGAAAUAGUCGGGAUAGAGGGUAGACCAAAGAAACAAACAACAGCCUAUAAAGGCCAGACCAUCAGCUUUGUGGACGACGAAGCUUCAGAUUUUCUUAAUCCUCACCAUGAUGCUUUUGAGAUGGGGAUCGAUGAGGCCACCAUCAUUCGCAAGUCCACAGUAUUGGUUGGGUUUAGUGGAGAGCAAAAACACUCAGUCGGUGAGGUCAUACUCCAUGUUUAUGCAGAAGGAGUCAACCUACAGACGAAGUUCCUUGUAGUUGACUCUCCAUCAACUUAUAAUGCAAUCUUGGGCCGGCCGUGGAUCCAUUCCAUGAAAGCUGUGCCAUCCACAUACCACCAAGUGAUCAGGUUCCCAAUUAAGUGGGGAGUGAAAGAAAUAUGGGUAGCCCAAAAAGCUACUCGUGAUUGUUAUCAAAACUCGCUAAAAGAGAAAUCGACAACAUUAUAG